GUACCUCAUUCAUAAUUCAAACUUAAAUCAAUAGUUUAUAUCAAUGAAUUUUAAAAAUAAUGGUUUAAGUAAAUAUUCAAUUAAUUAUGCUGAUUUCAAUUCGAAAAAAAAUGAUAAAAAAGUAAAAUACUUCUCAAGAAGUUCUCCCUAUCAAGGGAGGUAAUAAAUUAAAAAUGGUGGACACAGAGGUAAACAAACAGUACACAGAUAUGUAAUAAACAAUUCUGGCACUCUGUAGUUCACAUAUUAAUACAAAAAUGGUGAAAAUAGCAAUAAUAGGUGCUGGAUUACUUGGCACAAAGAUUGCAGGUGAAAUGGCUUACUAUGGACACAGAGUAAAGAUCCAUGAUGUGAACAUUGGAUCCCUGAACAGUGUCUACGGUAGAAUGGAGAAUGACAAAAAAGAACUACGAAAUGAUGGACUACUUCUAACCAAUAAUUAUAUUGGACCAGUGUUGUGUAUGAGUAGACUAGAAGAAACAGUCAAUGAUGCAGAUUUUAUAUUUGAAUGUGUCAUUGAAGAUUUAAGCAUCAAAAAUGAACUAAUGGAAAGAAUAACUUACUCCUGCAAACCAGAGUCAAUAAUAUGCACAAAUUCACUGAGACUUAAAGUUGAUGAUGUUUUCUGUAAAGUUCAAGGCAAAGAGAGAUGUAUUGGAUUAAGGUUCCUGUAUCCAGUAUUUACCAUACCAGAAGUAGAACUUACUCCCUGUCAACAUACCUCUCAAAGAAAUGUAACCAAAGUAAGAGAAAUGUUGGAAAAGAUGGGUAAAGUACUAUUCUUCAGAUCUGGGACACAACCUUUGAUUUUAUCUGACCUGCAGAGAGAAGAAAGAAAGAAAGCUUGUUUAGAAAGAAUAUUAAACUCAUCAGGUAUGGGGUGUCUAUAUGAGAAAACCAUUCCAAGUUUGACCUUGGAGCCAGGAGGUCAUGGGGGCAGUGUUGUCACUGUCAAAGAAACCAAAAAAGAAGAAUGUGCUAUAUGUAUGGAUAGAUCAAGAAACAGUGUGAUAUGUCCAUGUCAUCAUUUAGUAGCUUGUUAUGAGUGUACAAAGAUGUUACUAAACAGAAAAGAUGCCUGUCCUAUCUGUAGAAAAGACAUAACAGAAGUUAUCAGAGUUUAUCAUUCCUAGCUAAAUUUAAAUGUUGUCUCUUGAAGAUAUGUAUCUUUCCUCAACCAUUUCGUUAUAUGGGCCCACAUUAUUUGUGAGAAGACAAAUAGUUUGUGUCCUGUUCAUUUGUGUGUCUGACAUUUUUCUAAAGUUUGCCACACAAAAUGUCUCACAUUUGAUAAACUAGAAGCAAUGGAAUUAAACUUAAGAAAAUGACUUCAUUUUAGUUCUGCACUUCUUAUUUUAUUUACAAUGACUUGAGAAAAACCUUACUGGUUCUCAAUAGCAAAUCUCAUGCAAUUCACAUUGGAAUAGAAUGAACCAUGAUAGAAUUGCCUCAGAACAUGUACAGUUGGAUUUCAUAGUUUUUUGUAGAUUAAAUGGUUUUAGGAUUAACUUUCUGUUUAUGCCACCUGAACAGAGAGAAUUAGGGAAACAUAUGAAUUUAUGUCAAAACAAACAUUAGUUCACCAGAAAAUGGCAUUUAUCUGUCUCACUUUGUGUUCAUAGGGUACAGGAAAUGAAUAAGCAGUUUUUUUUUUAAAAUACCCUAAGAAAGAAUAUAAGUGUAACCUUAGUUAUUGUUUUAAAGGUGUAUAUAUGUUGAUUAUUUUCAGAGGCAUUAGCGGUUGUUGGUUGAUGUGGUCUGUUGUACUGUUUCUAUGAUUAUUUUGGUUAAUUUGUUGUAAAGAUCUGUUACCCUUUGUCUAUGAAGUGCACCAUACCCUUAUCCAGAGGGGGGUUCGGACAAUCUCCCCUUGAAAUCAAAUAAGCACUGUUAAAUCAAUAGUCUGUUCGAAUUGUGACUGUUAAAGUCGAGUUUGUGAGUCCCCCCCCCCCCCCCUUAGAAAUUCCUGACUAUGGGCCUGUGCACAGUGUAUUGUUUUGGUCAAAUAUAUACAAUCAUAUAGCUAAAGCAGGAACUGUACAUGCAUAAUAGAUAAAUGGUGACACUUUUUUCAGUUGGUAUUGUGGCUCAUAUGAAAAUGCGAUGUAAUGUAGAAAAAGAAUUUUUCAAAAAUGAAAAUUUUUAAAAUGACAUCUUGUAACUGUUAUGUGGUAUUUUAUUUUAUGUAACAAUGUAUUUUGUGUACAAAAUUAUCUUACACCAAUAAUUAAAUACAAACUGAACUGAUAAAAAAAAAUGACACUUCUAUAAUGGCAUAAUAUUUCAUAUUGAAAAAAGGAAACUGUAGUAUAGUGAAGAGUAUUAUACUAAUGUCUGUGAUAUAAUUGUUUUAAUGUCUGUGAUAAUAUUGUUUUAUAUAUACGCUUAUAUUGUUUUCUAUGAUUUUAUAAAACAAUUGAUAAUCAUGUUUGUUCAGCUAUUAUUCUUUGGUGAUCUGGAAUCCAGACUUCAUGGUCAAAUGUUUGACUUUUGGUACAUUGUAUUGCAAUAAAGCAAAUCAUUUGAGAAAAAAAAUCACUUUUACUAUUACUUGUCAAUUGGCUUGUUAACUUUAACAAUUAUCAAAAAUCCCUUUGCAAGAUUAAGAUGUGAUUACAAACAGAUAUAUAUUUUAUAUUUGCAAUUAUGAAGGGGAACAAAAGUUAUAUAUAUUUUCUUCCUUCUGAAUUAUUAAAUAUUACGUCCCACCAAUUAAUCUGCCACACACUAUUUCUUGAGAUUAGCUCUCAGAUUGUACUUCACACUAUUAAAUUCUGCAGUUAUAAGGACAGUUAUAUUAGAUAUGUUAAAAAUUUAAUUAGUCAGGUUCAUAUGUUUUUUAAGUAUGUAGUGUAAAAAUCAGGUAU